GAGCUCGCGUGUUUGACGGGUGUGAUUCUGGUGGAUUUGGACUGCUAUAACAUUCUUUUAUCAUGGUUCUAGGUUCUACCUUCAUCCGUGUUGCAGUUUGUAGACGAGGGAAAUCAGAACCAGCUCCGAACCGGACCGCGUUGCUUCUCUCUGUCCGUGAACUGGACCUUUAUCACUAGUCGGUGACUUAUCGCACAGUCACGCGCCCCACCCACCGCUGGGUCCGAUUGGGCAGUUCCUAUAAAAGCGCAGUCAGUUCCGUGCAGCCGACCGAGAUCCCGAACCGGUGCGUUCUUGGCUUUUCCGGAACUUUCCCUGUCCUGUCCCGUUUGGAAGUUCGGAAGUUCGGACGCGUAGACGGAGCUUCAGCCGGAAAACCAGUGGGUCUGUCCGUCCACAGGUAAAACAGUCGUCAGCCAUGGUCGUCAGCUCGAACACGCUCGCUGUGGAGCUGCUCCGCACCCUGAGCCACGGGAACCCCAGCGCGAACGUCUUCUUCUCUCCCCUGAGCAUCAGCUCCGCCCUGGCAAUGGUUUACCUGGGAGCCAAAGGAGACACCGCUGCGCAGAUGGCAAAGGCGCUGUCGUUCAGCCCGAGGGACAACGUUCACGCAGACUUCAGCAAGCUGAAUGCUGACAUCAACUGUCCGUCUGCAGCGUACAUCCUGAAGCUGGCCAACCGUCUGUACGGGGAGCACACGGCCGACUUCCUCCCGGAAUUCUUGGAAGCCACGCAGAAGUUCUACCAGGCAGAGCUGAGGCCGGUUGAUUUUAUAGGAGCUCCGGAGGCAAGCAGAGCAGAGAUCAACAGCUGGGUCGAACAGCAGACGGACAGCAAGAUUAAAGAUCUUCUGAAGCCGGGAACGGUCACGCCAAUGACGAGGUUGGCUCUGGUUAACGCCAUUUACUUCAAGGGAAACUGGCUGAACCGCUUCAGUGACGCGAACACAAAAGAGAUGCCUUUUAAAGUGAACAAGAAUGAGACCAAGCCGGUGCAGAUGAUGCACCAGAUGAAGAAGCUGCCGUACAACUACGUCCCUGAGCUCGGUCUGCAGAUCCUGGAGCUGCCGUACGUCAAGGAGGAGCUCAGCAUGAUCAUCCUGCUGCCGCAGGUGCCUGAGGAUGGCUCCGACCCUCUGCUGAAGCUGGAGAAGGAGUUGACACUGGAGAAGUUAGAUGAAUGGACCUGCAGGGAAAACAUGGACGUGCAUUCAGACGUUUAUGUUCACCUGCCAAAGUUCAAGCUAGAGGAGGACUACGAGCUGAACGAGCCCCUGGCCCAGCUGGGGAUGACAGACGUGUUCUGCUCGGCCAAGGCCGAUCUGUCCGGCAUGACCGGGAAAGGAGGACUCUUCCUGUCCACGGUGGCCCACAAGGCUUUUGUGGAGGUGAACGAGGAGGGCACCGAGGCAGCUGCAGCCACAGCUGGCAUGGUGAGCUUCUGCAUGCUGAGGGAGGAGCACUUCACAGCAGACCACCCCUUCCUCUUCUACAUCAGGCACAACAAGACCAAGUCCAUCCUCUUCCUCGGCCGGUUCUCGUCUCCCCAGUAGAUAAAACCGGUUCCAAUAAAGAAAUCUACCCUAAAUAUAAUAA